UCUAUGAAAAGAGGAAGCCACGUUUAGACGUUAUGAAAGGAAAAGCAGCUAUCUUGUCCCCUCCCACUCUCACAUAGUGAGUUGUGCUCUGUCAGAUGUAUUUUUCAACUUACUGAAUCCUCCAAUUCAGCAUUGCAGACUGAAUAUCCUUUUCUCUUUUGGGACCCGAGGUUAUUACAAGUUUUUACGGAAAUAUGGCAGACGUAGGAAAGACACCUGUGGCACGGAAUGAAAAGACCAGCAGUGAAUUUGGCUAUGUGGGCAUUGAUGCCAUCUUGGAACAGAUGAGGAGAAAAGCCAUGAAACAAGGCUUUGAGCUUAACAUCAUGGUAGUGGGUCAGAGUGGUCUGGGUAAAUCCACAUUGAUGAACACACUUUUUAAAUCUAAAGUGAGUCGCAGAUCUGUUAUGACAACAGAGGAAGAAAGAAUUCCUAAGACCAUCGAAAUAAAGUCAAUCAGUCAUGAUAUUGAAGAAAAAGGAGUGAGAAUGAAGCUGACCGUCAUUGACACACCAGGGUUUGGAGACCAAAUAAACAACGAGAACUGCUGGCAGCCCAUCAUGACGUUCAUUAAUACACAAUACGAACAGUAUUUACAGGAAGAGAUCAACAUUGACAGGAAGAAGAGAAUUCCAGACUCACGAGUCCACUGCUGCAUAUACUUUAUUCCUCCUACCGGACACUGUUUGCGACCAAUUGACAUUGAAUUUAUGAGACACCUCAGUAAAGUGGUAAACAUUGUUCCUGUCAUCGCCAAGGCAGAUACACUUACGCUGGAGGAGAGAGACUUCUUCAAACAAAAGAUAAGAGAGGACUUGCGAGCCAAUGAAAUUGACAUUUAUCCUCAAAAGGAGUUUGAUGAGGAUGCAGAGGACAGAAUGAUUAAUGAGAAGAUCAGGGAGAUGAUCCCGUUUGCUGUGGUGGGAAGUGAUCAAGAAUAUCAGGUCAACGGAAAAAGACUUCUGGGCAGGAAAACAAGAUGGGGGACAGUAGAAGUUGAGAACACCACACAUUGCGAGUUUGCUUACUUGCGGGACCUUCUCAUCAGGACACACAUGCAGAAUAUCAAAGACAUCACAAGCAGCAUCCAUUACGAAAUGUACCGUGUACGCAGACUCAAUGAGAAUAACACCAAACCAAAUGGACAGCCAGCAAUCCACACCAAUGGUGUACCUGAGCUUGAAGUUCUCUCCCAUGAGAUGUAGAUGUGUCUCUAACUAUAUUUCUAUACAUCAGUCCGUCCAUCUAUCUAUUUCUCUUUCUCAGUUCACUGUACUUUUAUCCAUCUGCCUGUUUGUAACCUUUGGCUGUUCUUUUAUAACAUCAAAAAGUUCUGAGGAUUUUUUUCUUUAGGUGUGUAGCAAAAUGUAAUGUUCUGUGUGAUGAGAGUUUUAUUAAAGAUGUUUAAUUUACAGUGUUUUUAUGGUAAUUCCUUGGUGUGCUGGAGCAAUGGCUUGCCAAGUUCAACAGGCCAUGAUACUCAACGUUGGAUUGUUCACCCAAAAAAUGAUGAUGAUGAUGAUGAUUAUUAUUAUUAUUAUUUGUUCUGUUAAACACAAAACAAGAUGUUAUGGAAAUAUUGGAAACAUGUACUAUUUGUUGUUGGUUUUUUCUAUUGUGGAAGUCAAUGGUUACAGGUUUCCGAAUUUAUUCAAAAUAAAAAAUCUAAAUCCAGGGUGAGUAAAAGAUGACAGAGUUGCCAUUUUGGGUCAACUAUUCCUUUAAAGCUCUCACACGUAAUCAUUACAGAUAACACAGAUGGUUUUGUGUUAAAAUUUCAAUUUGACAAAGAAAAUGUAGCUGUUGCUUGUAGAAAUGAGGAAACAUACAGUGUAAAAUCCCCCUCUCCUAUCAAGUUUUAGAGCAUUUAAAAAAUCGGAUGAAGUCCGAUGGAAAAGAGCAGGACUUUGCUUGAUGUAGGUUGAUGUUGUCACAUGACGAUCAUGAGUGUUAUAUAGAAAAACAUAUGAAAGUGUUGAAAUGUAUGAAAGUGUUGUAUAAAUAACAUUUAACCAGAGUGCAGACAGUUUGGUUUUAAAAUCCCCUUUUCUGUAAUGAAUCGUCCUUGUGGUGUAUUUUUACCCAUUCUAUAAUUUCUGUCCUUUGUUCCAUUUUUUAAAAAGCAUAUUUUAUUUUAUUAUUAAUUGUCAAUUUUGUUGUAAAGGCCUGUGUAUGUGGAAUCCAUUGUUUAUUAUUUGAAGAAAAGCAAACUUAGUUUAAUUUGUAAACAUUUAUGUAUUUAUAAAUGGCAUCAUGUUACCUGGAUGUUGUGGCUUUUGUAGGUCAAAUGUAUAGCGUUCUAGAAUCACCACAGUGACCCAAGCAUCUGCAUAUCUUUGUUUUUCUCCUUUAGUUUCUAUGCAGAUAUCAGUAUUCAGUAAAGCAAGUCCUGAGCCAUUCUA